AUGGGGCCUAAGCUAUGUGACCCUUCGGUGAAGCAGUACUCCGGUUACCUCAAUAUCACUGACGACAAAUGUUUGUUCUUCUGGUUCUUUGAGUCACGCACUUCUCCGGAAGAUGCGCCCCUUGUGAUGUGGCUUAAUGGUGGCCCAAGAUGUAGCUCCUCCACUGGUCUCUUGUUCGAGCUUGGUCCAUGUAAUAUCGCAGAUGGAGGCACCAACACAACAUUUAACCCCCACAGCUGGAGUACCCACGCUAACGUGAUCUUCCUCGACCAGCCUAUCAAUGUCAGGUAUUUGUACUAG